CUUCGCACCAAACCAUCUAGACAAGAGCACCACAUGUUCCACCCCUCUCCCAUUCCGACUGCAUGUCUCCUUCUACCUACCUAGGCACUCCCGGCCAGUCGCGUAUAUUUCAUCUGUUGUCUUAAGUUUUGGAAGCCUCGCGGAGACUCACUGGUUGCCUAGUCACCUGCGUGGUCUAUUAAUCACAAAGCCGACUGCGCUCCUCCGGCAUAGAAACUUUCUACCUCGGGCUGCCCCAUCGCCGACGCACCAAGCAUAAUAUACCUCUCCGCGAAAAUGUCCUACUACGAACCACAGGGCUGGCAGGCACCUGUACGGCAGGCCUCAUGGGAACAGCCAGCUCCUCCAUCAAGGUCGGGUGCGAGCUCUACAUCACAGCGUGAAGAUAGCGGUGCAUUUGCCACUCAGUUUGAAGAGGUCGAUCGAGCCAUGGAUAAUCUUGUCAAGAGUGGUAAAUUUUAUGCCGGUAUGCCUCGGCCCAUGCCUAUGGGUUCCGGCAUGCGCCACGGAGGUGGAGGCGGAGGCGGAGGCGACUUUGGUCACCGCGCGCAUGGCGGUCGCCAUUCCGUGAGCGACUUCGACCCUUCCCGACCUCACUCAGGCUCAAAUCUGCAGAACUUCUACGCUUCCCAGAGACAUCAAGGCCGUCAUAAUGACCCCGAUCAGAUGAUGCAGGCAAAGAGACGGAUUGCUGCGCAAAGAGAGCGGGAGCUUCGUAAUUACCACCAGGAGCAGCAGUACAAUAGAAGCGUCCUCGCAGAGAUGUCUUCCAGUAAAUCUGACCGCUCCAUGAGUCCCAGCGCUCUGAGCGAGGAGGGCCGGCGCGAACUCAUUGCACGCCAACACCGGGCACUUUACGGCGGUGAAGGUCCGGCUUUUGUGGGCCAAGUUCCAUAUGCAGGAGACAACCAAGCCGUUCCUGGGGCCGACAAUGCCCCUGGGGCCGUUCGAGGACCUUCGCCUAGAGGGGCUGAUCCCUUUGGAAUGGGAGGUCAAGCUUCCCAGGGAGAUGUUGCUGCCCAAAGUGGCACAGCAGAUAUGCCCCGAGGUGAAAAACCAGCUUCGCCCGCCGGACAGACGUCCGGAGGCUUUGGUGGUUUGGACGCUGCAGUCUCAACAUCGGGCAAGGCUCCCACACCACCUUCAGGAGAGGACACAUCCCACUCACGGACAAUAUCCAAAUCCACCACAGCACCUGUAACAGGAGGAAUGGGUCCGAUCGGAAGCCGUCCAAAUCCUCAACAGGGCCCAAACCAAUUACUGAACAAGCGCACUACAUCACCUCUACCCUCCUCGCUGGGAUACGGAUUUGCGCCCGGUGAACCACAGAACGCCGAUCGAGCAGGAUCGGCAAAUUCGAAUGCCAAUCAACAAAAGGAAUCCGGGAAUUCGGGCAUGGGACCCUGGGGCACCGGAAGUGGUGUUUGGGGUACCAACAAAAUCGGAGCGACGUCCGUCUGGGGUUAGAUGACUUACGACGACACGACCAGGGGCAUGAUAUGACUUGUAUGUGCGGAGUUGUGUUGCCAUUUUUCCCAGCAUAUCUUCGGUGUACAGGGCAUUGCGUGAGUGGAGUGAUCAUGAUUUGUUAUGCACACCGGUGUCGUUUUGAUGCUUCUGCAUAGCGUGUUGGUUGGGGGAUGGAGCUUUUUCUUCGCGUCUGACUCACUCGAUUUGUGGAUAUUGGAGUUGUUGCAGCCACUGUCGACGACUUGAGUGGCGGGUCUGGUACAUACUGUGGGCAAAAAAAAAGUGGGAGUAGUAAGUGGUAUCUGGGAAGUUUGAGAGAUCCAAUUAUGUUGGUAUUCGAAGGGUUACUUCGCAGUGCAGGACAAAGAAGGGCAUUUCUAGCAGGGUUCGUUUGCAAGGGGUCUAUCAGAACCGGGUGUGUCGAGGCUCGCUCCUCCUAUUUGUUGCUUUAGCGGGCAUGGCUAUUGGGCUGCUUUUUGGCUGAUAUGGCAUCGUCCUUGCGAAGCAUGGCGUUGUGGGCUGGACAUUCGUUUGCUGGUGCAGGGGUGGGAUUGUGGUGUUGGGCUUUGUUUGGACCGCGAGCUGUUCUGGACGUUAUGCGUAAUCUCUACUUUGAUGCUUGCCGGGUUCGAUGGUACGGUUCUUGAUGGUACAUUGGCCGUGGGGGUUGCUAAGUUAGCUCAAUGGGUGUCGAGAGAAAGAACAGAACAGCCAGGGCGGGCUGGGUCAAAUCAGAGAGCUAUUGAUGAAAAGGCUGGUCAUGAGCCACAAUAGUUCAAUCUCGUUUUUCUUCCCGAGGGAUGUCCCA